AUGACAGACACUCCAGACUCAAUGGAGGUUGAAAACCACCCGCCUUCCGCUUUGGAGCAGAAAGCAGAAGUGGAGAUGGAGAAGCCGCCAAUGGUGAAAACUGGCGAUGGAGAGCCAGAAGCAGAGCACCCCGAUGCACCACGAGUGCGACAACAGGUCGAGUAUUAUUUCUCCGACGAGAACCUCCCCACUGAUCUCCACCUGCUCCAAUGCUGUGGAGGUCGCGAGAACCUCCCGGUAUCUAUCAGCCGGAUCAGAGGCUUCAAGAAGAUGCGGCAGUUCAAGAACAAGAAGAUGGUAGUCGACGCGCUUCGAAAGAGCGCCUUUCUCACAGUGACCGAGGACGGAAAGGGUAUCAAGCGCAAGAUCCCUCUCAUCGGGAAGUGUCUCCUCGAUCCAGACUUCCACUCCCAGGAUUCAGAAGACGAUGAGAUUGCGUACGAUCCUCGGACCAAGAGGCCUAUUCAGCACCCUGUUCCCCUCAUCUCGCAGGCUAAGAAGGGCCUCCCUCCCGGUGUAAGUAAGGCCAUGCUGAAGCCAACGGGAUUUGAAGAUGGCUACGUCGAAGGGCCCCUCCCACCAGCCGAAGCCGAAGAAGAGGAGGCGAUGUAUGAUCCCGGUAAGCCGUUCAUUGAACGCAUCGAACUUGCCAUCCAGCGCUUCAAGCAGAAACGCCGAAUGCACGAGAUAUACGCCAAAGUAUUUGCAAAAUGGAUGAAGUUUGGAGGGGUGGACAACGAUCCGAAAAUUUUCGGCGGUUUGUCGAGACAGGAAAUGAAGAGCAUGAACGCUGAAGAGAUUGCGCGAGCUACGGCGACAUACGUGGUACCUUGGGAUCGUACAGACGAGAGCAAGUGGGAUGUUGACUUUCUUGGGGUGGCCGAGGGAUUCUUGUCUUCUUACUAUCCUGACUACUUUGGCUACGAUCGCAAGAGCAUCAAGACAGCUAGCCAAGUCCUCCGGUCAUUCUUCCAGUAUCUCCUCUUCCACCGAGUCUGCCCAGAGUACCAAAACGAUCUCCUCCUUGCACGCGCAAUCUGCGACAAGGCCGAACAAGAGCUGCCGUUGGUUGACGCAGCCGGACUCCUCCUUCCCGGCGAAUUCAAUCAAGCCGCAAGUACCAUUUUCGGAGGACACCAUGCCAACACAUACGCCGGGAAUGCAGAAUGGCUAACCGAGGAAGAACGCGAGAGCUUCGCAGACUGCGGCAUGCGAAAAGAGCAGGCACUCAUCACAUUCAAAACCGCCGUAGCCAUUUACGGGACCGACGAGCAGUUCGACCUCCUUGAGCGUUCCGGUCAAGACCUCGCACACUUCAAGACCAUCAAGUCGGAGGAAUUGAACUUGCAGAUAGUGAGGAAAGAAGCCUCCACCCCCGAGUUCCAGAAGUACUACGACCAGCAGAACAAGCAGUGGAAAGACAAGCUCGUCCUCCACCCCCUCGGAAAACUGAUCUGCCAAAUCGUCACCAUCAACCGCAACGAGCAAUACGACCUGCCAGACGGCGUCCAAGUGAAACCUUCCCGGGAUGCCGGCGACGUCAUCGAGUUCUGGAUCGAGGACAAAGUCCUAGACGGAUGCUUCGAGGGCAUGAAGAUGUCUGCCGUCGUCAACACCAUCACGGGCGGCUUCGUGGUCCUGGACCAAGUGCAGAAGAUCAUGUGUUCCUUCUACAAGUGGCUCCCCAACGAGCUGUGGAUGAUGAACAAGCCCAAGGCGCUCAGGAUCAUCAAGAAAGGAAUGUUCGAGCUCGAGGCACAGAAGGCUAAAGACGCCACUGACGGAAAAGAGGGAGGAGCCGCGGAGGAUCAGGUCGAGCAGGGGGGUAUGAGCGAUGACAGUGAGGGGUAGUCAGACAGGUAGGCAGGCCAGUGUGUAGAUGGCCUCACAGAGAGAUGACUUGUCUCGACUACAUUCUCUCUCCCCUAUCUUCCGCAUCUCCCCGAAGCAGUCUGAGAAUAAAGCAGCCCUCCAUCGAAAGACAACUCUAGUCAACUUCAGUAGCUCGAGC